AUGAAGCUAGAGCGGUUGGGGUCCAAAAUUCCACCCCUGACCGGGAAAGCCAAAUCGAGCAAAUGGUCCAAGAGAUCAAGGGGGAAGAGCAGUGAUGAACGAAAGCCCUUCAAGCCUCCAUUUGAGAUGACAGAGAGGAAAACGAAAACAAUCAACGUUAAAUACAAAGAGUGCAUGUGUAACCAUGCAACUCAACUUGGUGUCAAUGUUGUCGAUGGUUGCGGCGAGUUUGCCCCGAAAGGAAGGUCCGAAACGAGACGUAUUGUUGAUCUUGAUUGUGAAGCCUGUGGUUGUCAUAGGCAUUUUCAUCGCAAAGAGGUGACCAGGAAAAUUAGCCUAACGUUUAUUGAAAAGGAAGAAGCUAAUUUAUUUCGUUUUCAUCCACGACCUCCUUAA